GCCCCAGUUAUCGGAAUGGCGUCCAGUCGGAGGUUGGCACCGCUGCCCUUGGUAACCGUCGGCUCCUGCCUGCUCCUUCUGCUGUGUGCUCAAUUGGGAGGCGGACAGAAGAAAAAAGAGAAUCUCCAGGCAGAAAAAGUGGAACAGCUAAUGGAAUGGAGCUCCAGACGUUCAGUCAUUCGAAUGAAUGGUGACAAAUUUCGAAGGUUUGUUAAGGCCCCUCCUCGUAAUUACUCUGUGAUUGUGAUGUUCACUGCUCUUCAGCCCCAACGACAGUGUUCUGUCUGCAGACAGGCAAAUGAAGAAUAUCAAGUGCUGGCAAAUUCAUGGCGGUAUUCCUCUGCAUUUUCUAAUAAACUCUUCUUCACUGUGGUGGAUUAUGAUGAAGGAGCAGACGUAUUUCAACAGUUAAAUAUGAACUCUGCUCCCACAUUCAUGCAUUUUCCACCAAAAGGCAAACCCAAGAGAGCUGACACCUUUGACCUCCAGCGAAUUGGAUUUGCAGCUGAGCAGCUUGCUAAGUGGAUAGCUGACCGAACUGAUGUCCAUAUUCGUGUGUUUCGGCCUCCUAACUAUUCAGGCACCAUUGCCUUGGCUCUCCUUGUUUCACUCGUAGGAGGAUUAUUGUAUUUGCGGAGAAAUAACCUGGAAUUCAUCUAUAAUAAAACUGGUUGGGCCAUGGCUGCUCUGUGUCUGGUAUUUGCCAUGACUUCCGGACAAAUGUGGAAUCACAUUCGAGGCCCUCCAUAUGCCCAUAAAAACCCACAAAAUGGACAAGUGAGUUACAUUCAUGGGAGUAGCCAAGCUCAAUUUGUUGCAGAGUCACACAUCAUUCUUCUCCUAAAUGCUGCCAUUACCAUGGGAAUGGUUCUUCUAAAUGAAGCUGCAACAUCAAAAGGAGAUGUAGGAAAAAGACGAAUAAUCUGCCUGGUGGGAUUAGGCUUGGUGGUUUUUUUCUUCAGUUUGCUGCUGUCAAUAUUCCGGUCCAAGUAUCAUGGGUAUCCUUAUAGCUUUUUAAUAAAGUAAUCAAUGGAGCCACACUACAAAAUCUGGGAGUGGGCGUGAAAAUAAAUGUCAUCUGAAAAGGAAGUAUUUUAUAGUUGGUUCUGCAAGCCAAUAUAAAAAAAAUGUUAGCCAUUAAUUCUUACACUUAUAAUUGUGGAAAUGUAAAAGUGCUAUUUAGAAGAUAAUGUUGUGUUUGCUUUCAUUGUGUCUUUCUUAUGUAUAGAUUUAUUUAUUAGCUUAAGUUACUGUAGAGGAUGAUGUACAACUUGAUCAGAAAUAUAACAAAAGUGCAAGAAUCUCCACGUGACUUUUGACUAAUUGCUUGGCACCAUACAGUAUCAUAACAUAUUUCACAGAAGUGUUUAAUGUUUCUGUCAAGCUCCUGAAGAAGCAUUAGAAAAAAAUGUUUCUCAAAAAGAGCCUGGGGACAAAAUUUUGUGCGUGACACAGGAAAUUGUUUCAAGCCAAAGUAAAGGAGCUUCAUUCGCCCACUAUAUUUAAAAGCCUUAGUGUAGAUCCAAACAAGGAUUGUCAGGAAAUAUCCAACCAUAUGUUUUGUUAUCAAGAAUUGGCAAAUGUUAUUUUUCAAAAAUACUGUCCUUGGCAAGAGGUGCUAUAUUUAGAUUUUGUGGUAACAUGCAGAGCUGCGAUAAACUUUCAUUCAGAGUGACAAUUCUCUAUAUCAUAGCCAUGCACAGAAGGAUGCCUAUUGCAUAAUCUGAAAAUAGCACUCCCCCAACCCUCCUCCAAAUUCACACACUCAUUGGACAGCUAACUGUUGGGGACUUCCAGCUGAAAUUUUAAAUUUAAAACAAUGCACUUUAUUUUGUUUUAUUAAACAAAUUUUACUACAUGUUUGAUACAUUUUUACAUUUUUUUAAAAACUCGCCAGAGAAGUUUGCAUCCUCACACACAUGGUGGAAGGUAUUUCUAUGCAGGCGCUAGUAUUAAAUGUGCAAUAUAACAGAAGUAUUCUAUUGUACUCCUCAGAAAUUUGGUUCUAGUGAAGCCAAUGGAAUUUCUGUUCAAUUGCACCUUGCUAGCAAGCUCAUUUAUGUUGUUUAUGGAAGUUCAUAAGUGUAGGAAGCACACAAUUGGAGGGAAAGCUAGCCGGGAUGAACCAGAGCCCUCAAGCACGUAAACCGGGAGAACAUUUAAAAAAUUGGAAAAAUGUUGUGACGUCAAUAAAACAGGAAGAAGUAAUAGAUAAAAACUAGUGGAAGGCAAGACAAAACCAAAUUUGUUGGCAAGUGACGAACCCCUGAUCCCUAAAUAAAGUGGUUAUGCUGCUGUAUCAGGUUGGCAAAAAGAAGCUGUGACUUAUUUGGCACUUUAGAUCACCAUUGACAAUGUAAUGUAUACCAUGUAAUAUAUUUUUAUGACCCAGGAACAAAUGCAGGAAUGUCAACUUUAUUUAAGGAACCAUACACAUCAGCUGUUCUAUGAACUUGGUAGAAAGCCCAGGCCAGAAUGCCACAAAAUAUUGGCCAUCAAUCUGUCCAAAUUUACUGCACACCUGUGCCAAGUUCUCAAUCUUAUAGCACUUCUUUUAUUUCAAAACGUCCUGUAUUUCAGCAGCUGAUUGUAAAAUAGACAGUAUCCUGACUUAGUGAAGCCAGUUAUUUCAACUAUUUCAGCACGUAGCCAAUGCUUAGCACUGUUAAUUGGAUGAAUUCAUCAGAAACACUGUAAGUAGAUGGCACCUAUUAAAAUUAGCUUGCACUGCUUAAUGGGAUGGUGCCUUGUGGCUGAAGCAGGUGCUGACAGUUGUGCAGGAAGUGAAUCUAAUCCAGCAUGUCAUUGGAAGGUGCAAGCUCUGAGGUUUUGGAAUAUUGCAUUGGAGGCCUUGGGAGGGGAGGUGGAAAGUUGUAUUUCUGUAGCAGACCUCUAGACACCAUUCUGGAAGUCUAAUGUAGAAGCUAAAGCUUGAGAACCUGAAUACAAUACCACAAUGUCAAUAAAUUCCCAUGAGUGGUCAAGAUCAGUGGGCUGAGGAUGCAGAUCCUACUAUCUGCAUUACUAACCUCAGACACAGCAUCAUGACUCCACCACUCACCAAGUAUCUCUAUCGAAACACUUUGCACUGCCAGAAGCCUGACGUCUACACCUUAAAAUGUACACGCACACUCAGUUUUUUAACUGGGCCAGACACAUCACCUAGUAGAUUGCAUGACACUGACAUUUAUUCCUCUCUCUUGCAGGACAAAAUGAUGCAUAACCUGAAGCAAAAACAACUAACUAGGGGGUGAGUGGAGUGGGGGAUGUUGGUGGUUCAGACAUGCCUUCAAUUCCAUAGUGCUAGCCAGUGUUGGCUGAACCUACCUGCCUGUGGUGUUGCUGCAAGCAAGUUUUUCAUUGUACCUCUAUCUCACCAAAGCUGUGCACAUGACAAUCAACUAGAUUUCACUUGACUGUAGUUGCCGAGACUGUAAUCAGCAACAGAUGUGAUCAUUUCAGAAAUGACUGCACGCUCAUUCCUAAUCCUGUGUCUCAUGUCACAUCUUCCCCUAAACUACAGUCUCUCUUGACUUACAUGUUGCAGAUAUUGUAAGCGGCACUUUCUUCUAUCCCUGCAGCACUAACUUAGUCUUUCAGUUUUGAUAAGAAUUAUAAAUUAACCAGACAGUGGAGGAACAGCAAGAAAAUGUGACAACGUAGGCUCAAUUUCAUACGGUCAGUUAGUCACAAUAUGCGUAACUGAGGGAGGAUCUGGACCGAGUGAGAUACUGGGCAUGAAUGGCCUGCAGCCACUAUUGGGCAAGGUUAACAUGAAUACUGGCUCACCAGAGGCUGAGGUUGCAAAUGAACCCUGCUCCAACACAAAUGAGGAGUUCAUUGGACACACUACAGAAGAUGCCUGAUAGGUAUGCAUGAAAUAUUUGACACAAAGGGAAGCCUGCCAGAAAUUGUGUCUUACUGUUAGGAAGCUUGAGGAGUCAGGUAGCAACUUGGCAGAGGACUUAGAGCUAGGAACCCAUUCAUCCAGCAUCAAAGUGUUGACCAGUUUGAUUUGCGUAACGGUGAUGCAGCAUUCAGUGUUUCAGCUUUUAUUGUAGUUCAAGUAGAACCUAUGUAAAGUUUGGUUGUCGCAUCGGAAGUUCACACUUCUCUUAUGCAUGCUCAGACUGCAGAUGUCAUGGCUUUGUUUACCAUGGUUCACAGUGACAUACGGAGUGUCACAGGGGCUAGCAACUUGUCCACUCAUAGAUUAUUAGGAUUUCUCAGGUGCCGUCCUGGGUGGAGUAGACGUGGCCUUUGCAGUACAUGAGAAAGGAUGAUGCUGCCAAUACACUUGCUUUUGUCAGCCAUCUCAAAUUUAUGCCAUAGAUGCAGAGAGAAGGGUACAGAAAACUAAUCUCAGAGCUCCUUGAAGUCACCUUUGUAGGCCAUCUGCAGUCUCCACCACAGAAAGUCAGCAGCGUUCUACCAAGCCUGAUGUAGCCACUAGAGUAGCUGUCCACUGGAGGCAUUAGCAAUUGGAAUUGGUUUAUUAUUGACACAUGGACUGAGGUACAGUGGAAAACUUGUCGUGCAUUCUGUUCAUACAGAUUAAUUAAUUACACAGUGCCUCGAGGUAGUACAAGAUAAAACAAUAACAGAAUGCAGAAUAAAGUGUUACAGUUACAGGGAAAGUGCAGUGCAGGAAGACAAUAAGUUGCAAGAUCAUAAUAAGGUAGAUUGUGAGGUCAAGAGAUCAUCUUAUCAAACUAGGGAUCCAUUCAACAGUCUUAUAACAGCAGGAUAGAAACUGUCCUUGAGCCUGGUGGUACGUGCUUUCAGGCUUUUGUAUCUUCUACCCAAUGGGAGAGGGGAGAAGAGAGAAUGUCUGGGGUGAGUGGGGGCUUUGAUUAUGUUGGCUGCUUUACCGAGGUAGUGAGAAAUAUAGACAGAGUCCUUGGAGGGGAGUAAGCUGCACUGCAUUCAAGCACUAUGGAAUGCACAAGGGCCAUUGGUUGAGUUUUUUCUGCAUUUUGACAUGAUCUUAUUUGUCAAUAUGGUUUGGAAUGUUUAUGAAUCAGCUAUGGUUUUGAAUAUCCCACCAAAUCCAUGUAUCCUGACAAUCUGCUUUCUGUGGAAAGAAAAGAAAUUAUACCCAGCUGCUUUGAAUAGAGAGUUUCAGUGAUCUCCUUUACAUGACAGUGGGUGGCAAACUGCAAACCAUUGCAAAUAUUUUUAGCUGCUGCUGAAGAGAGUCAGAUCCAUAUCAGUUAAUUGACAAGGUCACUUUAACAGCCAGUGACAAUGUACACUUUGCCCUUCUCUAAGGUUGAA